GCCGCGAGAGGCGACGCUCCCCGUCUGCGACGCUCGCUCCUAUACAAAGAACGCUUCAGUAUUGUAAAAAAUCUGUGAUGUAUUGAUUAAUUCCAACGUUUUACAAACACGAAACCCCCGGCCCGACCGAGUGCACCGUGCGGCGGCCUAAACUCGCCCGUUUUGAGUGAUCGUUGUUAGCUUUUAGACGGGCCACGUCCCAUGGAAUUCCUCGUUUAUCGGUGAAUAAAAUCUUGUGUGUGGAGCGAACAUGGUGGACUGUACGGUGCGAUGAGUGAAAUUGUUCGUGUUGUUUUGUGAAACGGACGUAUUAUAAUGUAUCGAGUUGAGAAUAACGUUAGCGUCUAAAUAUGGAUUGGUAUGCGACUGGGAAAGCUUAGAAAAAGUGGUUCGCUCCCGGGAUCGGAUAAUGCUAGUGUGAUAAUUCUACAGAAUGGUGUCCCUAGCUCACUUCGGAUUGCGACAGGCGCCGUGGACGCUGAUAGUCCUCGUCUUCUUUAUCGAGAGCGUGAUGGGCAACUACGCCAAGUCCUUCUACAUACACUGGAACACGACGAACAGCAUAUUCAGAAUAGACAACACGGAUCACGUAUUCGACCUGAACAAAGGUAAUGCCCAGUUCGAGUACGACCAGGUGAACAUAAUAUGCCCGGUGUACGCACCGGGGACAUUCGACGAGGACACGGAGAAGUACAUAAUAUACAACGUCAGCAAGGAGGAGUACGAUACGUGUCGGAUCACGAACCCCAACCCCCGAAUAAUAGCGAUAUGCGACAAGCCCAACAAGCUUAUGUUCUUCACGAUUACGUUCCGGCCGUUCACGCCGCAGCCGGGCGGGCUGGAGUUCCUGCCCGGCAAGGACUACUACUUUAUAUCCACGUCGAGCAAGGACGACCUGCAUCGGCGCAUCGGCGGCCGGUGCCUCAGCCACAACAUGAAGCUGAUAUUCCGCGUGUGCUGCAAGCCGGAGGAGCAGGCGCCGACGCCGGCGCCGCAGCCGACGCUGCCGCCACCGCCGCCGCCACCGGUGACGCCGCCGACCACCACCACCACGACGACCGCGAAGCCGGUCCCCAAGAAGACGCACAAGUACGAGAAGUCGCCCAACGAGGUGGUGAAGAGCGAGGAGCUGUCGUACUCGCGCGGCGCGGCGCUGGCGUCGUCGCUGGCGCUGGCGCUGGCGGCGAGCGCGGUGCUGGCCCCGCUGGCUCGGUGAAUGUGCGCCAAAGCGGCCCGACCCCCGCGACCCGAUCUCUUGGACAAGCCGUGCUCGACGCACACCACCCACACGUUGCAGUCCCUGCACUACCCCGACUCUCUAGUCUUUACGUGAAUUGUGUUCGAAAACGAUGUUGUGACGACUCUAGUGCUAAACGUUUGGAUGUGUGCCCUAGCGGAUCGUGGAUUUUGUCGACUCGAGUAAGUAGCGGGGACCGGUUCGCGUCGACGGGCUAGUGUUGUGCUAAAUUCCUAGUUAUCUCCAGAAAGUUCCAAUGACAAUUUAGUCCGUAAGGAACGUUGAGAGUCUAAUUUUUACUAUUGUAAUUAAAUUAUAUCUGGCCUACUGAGUAA